CAUUCUUUUGGGGAGAGUCAUUCUUAGUGUCGUCAACGGGGAAUAAGAAACGCUCCUUUGUCCCUUCACUUUCGUGGAGACAGGCACUCUCACUGUAGUCUUCAUAGGCAAGAAAGUUUGCCUCUGACUUCACAGCAUGGGAACUCAAACAUUCUUCCACCACAGAGAGGAGGAACAAAAGGAGGAGAGGCAGCAGAGGUUGCAGAUGACCUCCAUGACGAGCAAGAAAAGGUUCAAAACCAGUGAGGAAGAAGAAACCUUCAGCCUUUCGGAGUUAUCCUUAGCAGCUGCCCUUGCCUUGACCUCUGAAACAACACGAAAUUACAAGCUAAGAAGAGAAGCUGCCAUCUUAGAGCUUGAGCAGAGGGGGCAGAAGAGAGUUUGUUUUGGGAACGAGAUGGAAAAGUUGGAAGAGGAGGUUAUUAAGAACUGCAGACUGCUGCGUGUGAGAGCCGACCGCAGAGCACUUCGGAGGAAGGCUGUAGAAAAGGCACAAAGGGAGAAGGAAUACAUUGAGCUGCGUUCGGGUCGAGCACCUAUGUUCUGGAUCCCCCUCAGAGUACAUGCAGUCUGGGAGAGGAUGGAAGUGACACUGACAUGUACAGUCCUGGCUUCCCCACUGCCGCAGGUGACCUGGUAUAAAAAUGGAGUCCCCAUUGACCUCCGUUUAGCCCCAGCAGGAAAAUACAAGAUCAAAAACAAGUUUGGGAUGUUGACCUUGUGCAUCAGCAGAUGCUCCAUGGAAGAUUCUGCUGAAUACAGUGUUGAAAUUGAGAAUCAGUACGGCAAGGCUUACUCGUUUGCUACAGUGCUCGUCAGGAAAUAUUAUGGAAAGGAGUCGGGAUUUGAUUCAGAAAUAUACAGGAGAUCCCUUAUUGCCAGAGAGGCAGAUUUUGCCUCCUCACUGAAACCACUAUUUUCAAGAGAAAAGGAGCCUUUCACCCUUUCUUGUUACUUCACUUCUGAUUUACUUGAACACCAACGAAAUAUUACCUGGUUCAGAGAUGGUGAGUUGCUGCAGAACUCAGAACGUCAGGAACUGAAGUAUCAAGACCAGGAAGCUUCUCUGACAGUGCCAUGUGCUUACAAAGAAGAUGAGGGUUUCUACACAAUCCGUGUCCCCUCGCUGGGUGGAUGCAAAGAGCAAACGACUUAUGUGUUUGUUCGAGAUGCUGCAACAGAAUCAGCCGGUGCACCUGGAUCCCCCCUCAAUGUGAAAUGCCACGACAUAAAUAAAGAUUGCUUGACUCUUUCUUGGAUAGCACCCAGUCAUAAUGGAGGAAGCCCAAUCCUUGGAUAUUUUAUUGAAAGGUGUACUGCUGGGUCAGAGAACUGGGUCCCAUGCAAUGAAAAGCCUGUGAAAACCUGCAGAUACCCUGUGCUGGGCCUUGCUAAAGGACAGGCCUAUCAGUUCCGAGUGAAGGCUGUCAAUAAAGCGGGGAUCAGUCAUCCUUCAAAAGCCAGUGAUGCAGUUAUAAUAUAUGAUCCCAGCAAGGCCAAGAGAGUGACAGUGAUACCAUAUGAUGAAGGCAGGAUGAUAGAAAUUUCCAAGGAUGACCUAGAAGGACACAUUAAGAUUCCCUUGCCACCCACCAAUGUUCACACAAGUGAGGUCAGAGAAGAUUAUGUGGCUUUGGCCUGGGAUGAACCAGAUCCAAGAGGCAGAGAACCACUGCAAUAUUAUGUGGAAAAGUCGCUUGUGGGCAGCAACUCCUGGCAAAUGGUUAAUCUGGAUAUGCCAGUUAAUUCCCCAAGAUUUGCACUCUUUGAUCUUGUUAAAGGAAAACAAUACCGUUUCCGAGUGCGGUCUGUUAACAAGCAUGGAAUCAGUGAGCCAUCCCUGCCCAGCCAACCCAUCACUGCUGGAGCAAAACUGGCUCCUUUACCACCACCAUCUCAGGUUUUAGCUUUCAGAGACACCAAAACAUCUGUUGUUUUGCAGUGGGAUAAGUUAAAGAAUGAUCUGGAACCUCUGGGCUACUACAUAUAUUGUCGGGAGACUGGGACAGAAGAAUGGCAAACCGUCAAUAAUAAGCCUGUGAUGUGCAAUGAAUUUACUGUUCCUGGGCUGAAGGCUGGAAAGGAGUAUGUCUUCUGUGUGAAAUCUGUUGGUGAGGCAGGACUGAGCGAGAGCUCACCAGAAACAGAUCCUAUCACUGUAAGGCCAGCAAUAGCUCGCCCAUCAGCACCACGUGGGUUUGUUCUGCUGAGCUGUGGGAAGGCCAGCAUGACCAUUGGCUGGAAACCCCCGAAGCGUAAAGGAGGAACAAAGAUUCUGGGUUAUUUCCUAGAUCAACAUGAUGCAUCUGAGCUAGACUGGCAUGAAGUCAAUAUUCAGCCGAUUCCUCAACGAGUCUACACGGUUUGCAACCUUGAGGAAGGCCACCUGUAUGAAUUCCGUGCGUGUGCAAUGAACAUGGCAGGUGUUGGGGAAGUAUCUGAACCCAGUGACUUGUUCAGAUGUGAGGAGUGGACAAUGCCAGAACCAGGUCCUCCUUAUGAUGUGAAGUUCACUGAAGUGAGAGACUCCUCCUUGAUGCUGCACUGGCAAGCACCGCUGUACAUAGGAGCGGGUCCAAUUACAGGGUAUUAUGUAGACAUGUGUGAAGAAGGGACAGAGGAAUGGAAGCAAAUAAACAAGCAGGCCACAGCCACCACUCAUAUGAAGGUUUCAGACCUAGACACAGGGAAGUGCUUUAUUUUCCGAGUAAGAGCACUGAACAAGGCUGGAAUUGGACCCCCUUCACUCCCCUCAGAUCCUGUGGUGGCUAAAAGCAAGCCUGGCACAAAUGAAAUUGAACUGGGGGUGGAUGAAGAAGGGUUCAUUUAUAUGGCUUUUGAAGCUCCUGAAAAGAAUGACUCCUCUGAAUUUAUCUGGUCAAAGGACUAUGAAGGACCACCAGAUGCUGACAGAGUUCAGACAGAAGAGAAAGGCAAUAAAUCUAAGCUUAUACUGAAAGAACCAUCAGAAAAGGAUCUGGGGAUAUAUUCAGUGGAGGUCACAGAUGUAGAUGAUGAUAUCUCUGCCAGCUGCACUUUAACACAAGAAGAUCUGGACAAGUUACUGAAACGUAGCCAUGAAAUCAGGAACCCAUUAAUAAAGCUGAUAUCUGGAUGGAAUGUUGAUGUUCUGGAGAAAGGAGAAGUACGGCUGUGGCUGGAGGUUGAAAAGCUGUCACCAAAUGCAGAGCUGCAUUUGAUCUUCAAUGAGAAGGAGCUUACAAGCACACCAACACAUAAAAUAAACUUUGUCAAAGGAAAAGGUCUGGUUGAACUGAUAAUCCAGAACUUCUGUGAUGAUGACAAAGGAGUGUACACAGCCCAGCUGCAGGAUGGAAAAGCUAAAAAUCAAUUCACCCUUGUUCUUCUGGAUGAAAGCUUUGCUAAAGUUGCAAAGGAAGCUGAUGCAAAACGGAGAGAAUGGAAGAAAAAGCAGGGUCCAUAUUUUGUAGAGAAUUUGAAAUGGAAGGUUACUGAGAACUGUGAAGUGCUCCUCACCUGCAAGGCAACAAAUCUGAGAAAGGACACCAGCUUCCAGUGGUACUUCAAUAAGAAAGCCCGAGCAGAUGGUGUGUUUGACGCACAGACUGGGAUAGGAACUCUUCGUAUUCAAAAGAUAACCAAAGCAGAUGAGGGUCAAUAUAAAGCAGUUGUUUCAGAUGACCGAGGAGAGGACGACACCCAACUUGAUCUCAUAAAAGGAACCUUUGAAGACCUUCUCAAGGAGCUGUGUAGGAUCAGUGCUCUUUCUGCUUCACCUCUGAAAAUUCAGCCUACUGACGAAGGCAUCAAAAUUUACACAGACGUGAAGUACUACACAGACUACAUGAAAACAACCUGGUUUCACAAGGAGAAGCGACUGGAAAUUCGUGACAGACUGAAAGCUGGGAGCACAAUGAAUCAGAUCUGGCUUCACAUACUGAACCCAACAGAUUCAGACAAAGGAAAAUACAUCCUGGAGUUAUUUGAUGGGAAUGACUCUCACAAGCUGUCAGCCGACUUGUCUGGGCAAGCCUUUGAGGAUGCCCUGGCUGAGCACAGAAGGCUAAAAGAAGCAGCAAUAGCAGAAAAGUGUCGCGCCAGAGUUGUUCAAGGUCUGCCAGAUGUAGCCACCAUCAUGGAGGAUAAGACCCUGUGUUUAACUUGCUGCAUCUCUGGAGAUCCUUACCCAGAAAUCACUUGGUUCAAAAAUGAGAAAAUGAUCGUAUUUAAAGAUCGUUACCGAAUGGAUGUGAAGGGGACAGUUGUCACAAUUACCAUAGAGAAAGUCUGCAAUGAAGACACAGGAAAGUACAGCAUCUAUGUUAAGAACAAAUAUGGAUCCGAAACUGGGCAGGUUACCGUCAGUGUCUAUAGGCAUGGGGAGAUACCCGUAGGAAUGGAAGAAAAGGAAGUCCCAAGUGAGACCAUGAAAAGAAAGCCCAAAUGAACCAGGCAACUAUGUCAGUGAAUUUAAAAGGAACUUAACUCCUUUGGAUUCAUUUGAAUUUCUCCACCCUAAAAUUCAGGCUCACACCUUUAUCUCGGUUUCAGUAAUAUUGUAGUAUUUUUGCUUUUUUGUUGCUAGAAAACAAUCCUCAUUUGUAAGUGUAUGUGUGCACAUGUACUCACUUGCAUGCUCGUUUUACAGAGAAUCUGCUUCCCUGUAAGACACGCUGUGUAGGAAAUUAGUCAGAAGUUUCCUAAGUAGCCUGCAGGAAUAAGGAAUUUCCCAAAGUCAUGAGAAGCAAGUUAUACUGACCUCCUGCUAACUAUUCUGGACUGAAUGCUGCUGGGAGGAAGAGAUUUGUUUAUGUACAUAUGAAUAAAGAAAUAUAAUUCUUCUGUCAAACUGGCUCUGUGAUUCUGAAAACACCAACAACAGAACAGAUGGCAGUAUGUAUAAAAGAAAUGUCUUCUGGAAGGUUGAUUAACCAGAAUUAGAGCACAAGUUUUCUCAGCCCAGAGCCUUGUAUGCUCCCUGCUAAUGAAAACCAGAAGAGAAAUGGGCUUAAACAUAAACAUUUCUUCCACUUCGGGCAUCUGGCUCUUUGUCUGCAUUUUCUUUAAAAUUACAUUCUAAAAAUAACUGAAAUUGUAGGAAAAAGUUCAGCAUUGUUCUUUCUGCUUAAAUAGAAGAAUUACUGAUGGGUAUAGAGUAAUAAAAGUUAACUUAGGAAGGUCAGUGACCCCUGGGAUAUGGGCUCUAUUUGAAUUAAGCAAUAUAACUGCAAGAUACAUAAUCUAGUGAAUGCUUUCCAAAAUCAAUAAUCAUUCUUGCACGGACAGCAAGGAAUAUCACUCACUAUCUCCGAGUGAGGAAUUCUUGCUGUAACUGGUGAGAAGAAAAAUAAUGCAUUCCAUUUACUUCUUUAAUCUUGGUCUCUAAGUAAUGUUUCACAUUUAAUUUUACCUUUAAUGUUCCUGCGUACAGUGGCUAUUAGGAAAAAACAACAACAGCCCUACAUUUAAUACAGAUUUAGAUGCACUUUACUGACAUCUACUGGAUGAAAUCAUACCUGUUUCGCUCCAUCAUGACCUUCUCUGUCAUCAAGAAAUUGGAGUACCACAAUUUUGGAAGAAGCAGUUGUGGCUUUUUACUGUACUGUUGUAGCACAUACAGUGUAUACUGUCCUAUCACAGGAUAGUAAUUAUCUCACAUCUAUAAUUAUGCUAAUUAUCUGAAGAAAUCAACAUUAGAACAUUAGAACAUCUGAAGAAAACACAUUAAAAGUAGGAGUUGUGCACAAAAAUAAAACUAAUUAAUCAAGGCAACACUUUGCAACGAUUAUGAAUAAUUAUCUGAGUUCAGUGACCCAUCAAUAAACAGAACAUCCCAAAAGAGUUGGUCAAGGUAGGACUCUGUAGAAAGCAGAAUGAA